AUUUUUGAGCGUAGCCGUUUUUGCGUGUCGUCAAUCGUAAACAAGUGGCGGCUGGCAGGAUUAAAUUGUUUAAAAUUUGUGAAUAUUAUACAAUUUCAAACAGUUUUCCUCAACUAAAAAGUGUAGUGUUUUGCUAAUUGAUUCAUAACAUUAUAAAAUCAUAAAUAUCCAGUUUGUUCUUUGUGAAAAAUGAAUAUAUCGACUGAUUUUGGGCCCGAUUCCGGUGGUCGCGUGAAGGGUCUAACGGUUGUGAAACCUCUGGUGUACGGCAAUGUAGCGCGUUCCUUUGGCAAAAAGCGUGAGGAGGAUGGCCACACCCAUCAGUGGACGGUGUACGUAAAGCCUUACCACAACGAGGACAUGUCCACCUACGUGAAAAAGAUUCACUUCAAACUGCACGAAAGCUACGCCAAUCCGAACCGGGUCGUCACGAAACCACCCUUCGAAGUAACCGAAACCGGGUGGGGCGAAUUUGAAAUCGUGAUCAAAAUCCACUUUCACGAUCCGACGGAGCGACCCGUGACAAUGUAUCACAUCCUGAAGCUGUUUCAGUCGCCGAUUCUAGACGGGGAGGUGACCCAUCAGCUAGAAGGGAAGAAGGAGCUGGUGUCGGAACAGUACGAGGAAAUUGUAUUCCAGGAGCCUACCCAGUUGAUGCAGCAGCUGUUGACCAACGUGCAGCCGGUGACCGGCGGCUCGUGGAAGCACGAUACUGAUUUCGAAGAGAAAAAGGUUCAAUCGUUGGAAAACAUAAUCGAGACUAAAGCGAAGGUCAAAUCGGAGAUCACACUGCUGAAAGACAAACUGAAGCUUGCCCGAGAAACCAUAACCAAGUUCAAAGCGGAAAUCGCAAAAGUUCAAGGACAGCAACCGGCCAGCUGAAUAAGAUCUUGCUCUGAGUCACACCGGCACCUGGACAUCUCCAGGCAACCAUGAACGGCUUCACCACACUUCAAACGCACGACACUGACCGCAGUAAUGGACCCAGCCCAACCUUCUUCAUGCUCAAAUGAUUCAACCAGCAGCGCGGUCAAUCAAAUCACUUCCUGCCUGUGUCUGCCUGCGCAUGUCGCCGCACAACAGAGUCACGAUCUUUCAACGAACAUCAUGAACGCACGUAAAAGAAUUUCUACUAGGUAUCCACCACAGCACAUGCAACAGCUGAUUCGUGGUUGGUC